AUGACUCAAGUAAAGAACAUCUGUUGCAUCGGAGCUGGAUAUGUCGGCGGACCCACCUGUGCUGUCAUCGCAUACAAGUGUCCUGACAUUAAAGUAACAAUCGUGGACGUAAACGCUACCCGUAUUGCUGCUUGGAACUCCGAACGUUUGCCCAUCUAUGAACCCGGUCUCGACGAAAUUGUUUUCGCUCGAAGAAACAAAAAUCUUUUUUUCAGCACAGAAGUCGAGGAAGCUGUUAACGAAGCUGACCUCAUCUUCGUGUCAGUUAACACACCGACAAAGAAAACUGGUGUCGGUGCUGGUUAUGCGGCCGAUCUAGCAUACGUUGAAUCUGCUACUAGAGGUAUUGCUGACGUCGCAAAAAGCUCCAAGAUCGUAGUUGAGAAGUCCACAGUGCCAUGUCGUACUGCCGAAAGCAUGCGUACUAUACUGGAAGCCAAUUCAAGCGAUGAUAUUCGAUUUGAUAUACUUUCCAAUCCCGAAUUUCUUGCUGAGGGUACUGCAGUCAAUGAUUUGCUAUAUCCCGAUCGCGUGUUGAUUGGUGCCUUGCAAACCCCAGAAGGCUUAAAAGCCCAAAAGGCUUUAGUCGAAGUUUAUGCUCAUUGGGUGCCGAUCGAACGCAUAAUAACUACAAACUUAUGGUCCUCAGAGCUUUCAAAAUUGGCAGCAAAUGCCUUACUAGCACAACGCAUCUCAUCAGUCAAUGCCCUUUCUGCUAUUUGUGAAGCGACCGGUGCUGAUAUAGACGAAGUUGCCUAUGCUUGUGGUCGAGAUUCUCGCAUUGGGCCCAAGUUUUUGAAGGCCUCAGUUGGAUUUGGAGGCAGCUGCUUCCAAAAAGACAUUUUAAACUUGGUCUAUCUAUCGGAACAACUGAAUCUGCCCGAAGUGGCCGCAUAUUGGAAGCAAGUCGUUGAUUUAAAUGAAUAUCAAAAGAAGCGAUUUGUUUCUCGUAUAAUUAAAACACUUUUCAACACCAUUACGAAUAAGAGAAUUGCGCUUCUUGGGUUUGCUUUUAAGAAAGACACUGGUGACACGCGAGAAUCUGCUGCCAUUACGCUCUGUAAGAAUUUCAUUCAAGAAAAUGCAAAAGUGCGUAUUUACGAUCCCAAAGUUUCGCCUGAACAAAUUUAUAUGGAUUUGUCCGAGCCCGGUAUUGUUGACAAUACCAAAGAAGUUAAAAAACAUAUCACUAUCACGAGUUCUGCCUAUGAAGCGGCUGAUAACACGGAUGCUAUUGUAAUAGCUACCGAGUGGGAUGAAUUUAAGACACUGGACUACGAAAAAAUUUAUGAUAGAAUGAAUAAGCCUGCUUUCAUCUUUGAUGGCCGUCUUAUCUUGGAUGCUUCCAAACUCCGAAACAUUGGGUUCCGCGUUCACACUAUUGGUCGCCCGGCUAUCUAG